GCGGUGACCGGGUCAGUGUCGGUUAAAGCGCUAAACGAGCUUCACAAAUCAAUAACUCAUGAAGAAUCUGCACAUCACCUCAUCUCUGCGUGUGCUUUCUUUAUAAUAUCGCGUUCAGCAGAAGCGCCUCCAGAAUGACGUCCGUCGUGAGCGACACGGCCGAAGCGGUGGAUCUGUGUCCCGAGUUCAGUCUCUACCUCAAACCCAUCUCCAGGAUCACGGUCAGCGUGGCCCUGCCGCACCUCAAGACGCCCGGCAAGUCCAUCUCCAACUGGGAGGUGAUGGAGCGGCUGAAGGCCAUGGUGCACCCGGAGCAGUUCUCCUCGCUGCGCAUCUCCAAGAGCUCCAUGGACUACCUGCGCUUCGAGGGCGAGGUGGAGAACCGCAGCGCCGUCAAGCGCUCGCUGGCCAAGCUGGAGGGCAAGAGCAUCAAGCUCAGCGGCUUCACAGACGUCCUGAAGAUCCGCGCCGUUGAGCACAAGACAGACUUCCCGACGCGCCACGACUGGGACUCCUUCUUCAGAGACGCCAAGGACAUGAACGAGACGGUUCCCGGGGAACGACCCGACACCAUUCAUCUGGAGGGGCUCCCGUGCAAGUGGUUCUCCAUGAAGGACGGCGCUCCCGACAGACCCUCGGAGGAGGCGCUCCGGACGGUUUUCCAGCGCUUCGGGAAGAUCCGGAACGUGGACAUCCCCAUGCUGGACCCGUACCGCGAGGAGAUGACCGGGAAGAACUUCAACACCUUCUCGUUCGGAGGACACCUGAACUUCGAGGGCUUCGUUCAGUAUCAGGACCACACAGGAUUCGUCAGGGCCAUGGACUCGCUCCGGGGAAUGAAGCUCAUGUUUAAGGGAGACGACGGGAAGGCCGUGGCCUGCAGCAUUAAGGUGACGUUUGACACGACUAAACACCUGAGCGAUUCGUCUCUGAAGAAGCGUCAGCAGGAGCGAAUGAAGCUGCAGGAGCUGGAGAAACAGAGAGAGGAGCAGAAACGCCGAGAGAAGGAGGAGGAGGAGCGCCGCAGGGAGGAGGAGAGGAAGCAGCGCGAGCAGGAGGAGGAGGAGAAGGAGAGGAGGAGAGAGGAAAAAGUGCGCAAACGAGAGCAGAAGCUGAAGGAGAAGGAGGAGAAGAAGACGCAGAAGAAGCUGAAGAAGCAGCAGGAGGAGGAGCAGAAGAAGCUCCAGCUGAAGAUCUCCACGGAGGAGCGUAAGCUGCUGCUAGCGCAGAGGAACCUGGAGUCCAUCCGUCUGAUCGCAGAGCUGCUCAGCAGAGCCAAGAGGCUGAAGGAGCAGCAGCAGCAGGAGCGCAGACGUCUGGAGGAGCGCAGACAGCUGCAGGAGGACGAGCUGCGCCGCGUGGAGGCCGAGAAAGAGCGGACGCUGGAGCUGCAGAGGAAAGAGCGCCAGCUGCGUGACAAACUGCUGGGAAACUUGCUCAAGAAGAGCACCAACACUGACGCCGUCCAUCUGGACCUACAGAUCUGUGCCACGCAGACCCAGACGCAGACGCAGACAGAAAGCCAGCGCAAAGAACCCAGAGAAGCCAAGAAGCAGGAGAAGCGGAAAGAGAGCGAAGCAGACGGCGGCAGACGUGAACGCAGACGGAGCAGACGCAGACGCAGCAGGACACACAGCCAGAGCAGCAGCCGCAGUCGCAGCCGCAGCCGCAGACGCUCACAUCACCGAUCCAGACGACACUGAGAGAACAACCUCAUCAAAACACGGCCAGGUCACAUUCACCUGAAAAAUACAACAAAACAUAAGAAACUGCUUUUUGCGUAAAGAAAGAGAGGCCUGAUUUAGGACCAUUAAGAUUUUUUCCCCCAGCAAAUUAUGUUUUCAUAAGGAGUGUGAAGCCUGUUUCAGAACCCGUUUUACAAGCCUUUAGUUUUAGUUUUUCAUUUUAUUUUAUUCCCCAGCAAAUUGUGUUGCCUAUAUAAGAAUUAAGAUUUUUUUUUUUAAAUAUAAUUUAAAAAAAAAAAAAUGUUUUAUUCUUAAUUAUUAAUUAAAAUUAAGAUUUAAUUUUUUUUUCUCUCUCCAGCAAAUGAUGUUGUCUAUUUAAGGAUUAUUAAGAUUUUUUUUUUCAAUGUCUACAUUUUGAUUUAUUCUUAAUUAUUUGUAAAAAAUGAAUUUUUUAUUUUUGUAUUUUUUUUUUAUAGUUUUUUCUAGUCUUUUUUUGUUUUAUUUUAUUCAUAAAGAACACGAUGCCUGUUUUAGGACCAUGAAGAUUUUUUUUUCCAUUUUUCAUUUUUAUUUGUAUUAUAAUUAAGUUUUAUAUUUUUAGUUUUAUUUUGAGUUAUUUAGGGUUUAUUUAUGGUUACUUCAGUUAUCUUCAAAUUCUCAGUAUAAUUUCUGUAAUGCAUUCGUAAGUCUUGCUUUUGAAUUUGUUUGUGAUUCUCAUUAUUCUCAUUAGAUUUUUUUAUUACUUUUUUUAACACUAAACUUGAAAAGUUAGAAGUAGUACAAAAAAUAAAUAGCAUGAUGUAUAAAUGCCUUACAUUUGAAAUAACAAGAUUGUUUUUUUUUUUUUUUUUUUUUUUUUUUUGAACGACUAAUGAGAAUCAGAAUUUUUCACUUCGUGAUAAUAAAUGUGUAGGAAAAACUGUGCAUCAUUUUUAAGAAAAUAAUGUCAAAACAAUCCCUAAAUACAGUCCCUAACAUUAGGCCUUAUUUAAUAUAAUUUCUUCUGAUUGUGAGGUGAAAUAUGACCUGGAUGGUUUUAUGAUGGUUUCAUUUGAGUUUAUCCUGACCGUGUUUUCUGGACGAGAUCUGCACGGUUGAGUUAUGCUUUUGUUUCAUGCGUCUGGUUCAGAUUCACAGACUGAGCUGUGUUUGAGUCUGUACUGAAGAUCUGAUUUAGGUUCUGCGUUGCUGUACUACAUAGACUACAAUCCUUGGUUCUUGACUUGAAUUUUAAGUUGUAGAAAGUGUUAUGAGAGUUUAAUGUUAUCCAUUUAUUUCAAGCACCUCAGUGUGGUUUUGUGUAGGAAUAGGAAGGUUUUAACGGGGAAUCCAGCUUUGUUUUCCUCCACACAAGUGCAGUAUUGAGAUGAAAGCACAUGUUUGAAGUCAUUAUUGAGACUCUGAAGAUGUUUGUCACUCGUAUGAACUCAUGUUACUGAUCUCAAUAAAGCAGUGCUUUGAUCCCA